UUAAUUUAUUCUUGGAAAUUUUUAAUGAUGAGAGUGAAAUAGAGUGCGUACAUGUCCAUGAAUGUACAGAAAGGAAGAAGAAUGUUAUAUUUCAAUAUUCUUCAAAGCGAGACAGCGUUCCAAAAGUAGAAGAGUAAGUUUUAAACGUGGUGGAGUUGAUGGACGAACCGCAACAUAUGGAUGACUUCAAAACCCAUUUUCGGGUAUCUCGAGAGCUCUUUACAUCCAUGUUAAAUGAACUAUCCAACACUCUCUAUAGAAACGGCCACGGUCCACAGAUGAAUGUGCCCCCGGACAAGCAAAUGUUAGUUGCCUUAUGGUACAUCGCAAACACAUCAUCCAUGAGAGAGGUGGCACAUGUUUUUGGACUUUCAAUGUCGACAGUACAUGGCAUUGUUAAAGAUGUUUGUGAUGCACUUGUGCAGCUUGGUGACAGGGUGAUACAGUGGCCAUCCCCUGCACAACAACAGUGUACUGCAACAGAAAUUCAGGAUAUGUGUUCACUCCCAGGUAUAGUAGGUUUUAUUGACGGGACACACAUUCAACUUUCGAGUGCACUGCAAGGAGAGAAAGAUUAUUAUAAUAGGAAAGGGUUUCCUUCCAUUCAGUUACAGGUUGUUGUGGACCACAAUUUGAAAAUUUUGAACUGCUAUACUGGUUGGCCUGGGUGUGUCCAUGACGCACGAGUUCUCAGAAACUCUGGAUUAUACCGCAGAGCUGAGGCAGGAGAACUAAUAACUCCUAAUUCCUACAUAGCAGGUGACAAUGCCUAUCCACUUAGGAAUUGGCUCAUCACGCCAUUCAAAAAUAUUGGACAACGGACAAGACAGCAAAUGAAAUUUAACAAGAGACUCUCGAGUGUUAGACAAAACGUGGAAAGGACAUUUGGACAUUUAAAAGGAAGAUUCAGACGAUUACGUGAUAUACCACUGCACAGUCACAGAGAAAUCUGUACCCUUAUUUAUGCAUCUUGUGUGUUGCAUAACCUAUGUGUCCAGUAUAAUGAUGACAUUGAUGGAUUUAUUGAGCAGGAUAUUGACAAUCAUCCUAAUCAGUUUGAAAAUGUCUAUCAGAAUGGUCAUGCUGGGGUUGUUCGUAGACUCCAACUAGUAAAUAUUCCUUAA